AUGGAACAAGAUCAGGUGAAUGCUUGUGCUUCUCUUUCAUGCCCUCUUCCCUCACACAGUGGUGAUAUCAGAAUACCUGUCUGUAUAUUGGAUGGCAGCAACAGCCAACAGCAACAAGAACACAGUCAGGAACCUUCAGAACUGGAACCGAAGAGUUUGGACUACUGCUCCAGGAAAGGCAAAUUUGGAUGGCAUGUAAUAGGCAAAAAAGCCUUGCCUUAUGUGCAUCGCAAUGGGACAGAGAAAUUCUGUCCAGUUCGCAUAGCUGAAGCUGAGCUGUUGAACCAAUUUCUGCUCAACCUACCUCCAGAUGUUAUUAAUUGUACAUCCAUACAAAGUUACCUCAUCACUGAGGCUGAAGUGCUCCUCCUUAAUGAGAUUAACUACAGACACAGUAAAUGUACCUUUGGAAGAGAGCCCUUCACAACACAGGAUCUUCUAGUGAGCAUCUUUGAUGUUGGAGAGUUCUAUGAGUUCCUUCAAUUGUGCCAUCAAAGGCUUGUGUUGCAGCAAAUUACUGCCUGUGAUCGAUGUGGAUUAAUUCGAAUUGGGGGAGAGAGAGGACCUGUUGUUCCUUACACAAUGUCCAAAGACAAUGUGAAAGUCAUCCCCCUCAUCUUUUUUGAAGGCAGAAUUCAGGACUUGCGCAAGACGAGUACUUUCAUUGAUGGUUGGGAACUGGUCUAUCUAAGGUUUUGCUGCAAGGUGCUAGGGAUUCGGAAGGAGCUCUACCAACCCAAAAUCUGUGAGGUUGUGAGUUUACAGAGUGUUCAGGCUGAAUUUCCCAUUGGGACUCUGUUUGAAGAAUUUUGGCCUAUGUCAGUGCAGGGAGCACUGAAUGUCAAAAGUAGUGCUAUGAGCACUACACCCCCUCAAAAUUCUGUGAAUAUUCAAGUUGCCCAAACUCAGCCAUUCAGUGACCUCACCCAGCUGCCGAACUCUUUGAUUCCAUCACAGCCAUCCUUUGGAACUAAUGCCCUGAAUGUAGCACAGCCAUUAACUGGAAAUACAGUGUCAGAAAUCUCAGGUGGUUUGAGGAGCCCUGCAGCUGCAUUUCCACACAUUCUGAAUCUCCAGACUGGGCUGUCUUCUUUUGUUACAUGGCCACCCUCAGUACCCUUGCAGCUUUACAAAGGCAAUACUGGUGUAGCACUCCCUGCAACAAAAACAAACCAUUGCAUCUCUUCCCUUUCUUCAAGCUCCAGUCAGAGUGUACUUAGUCAAGAUUGGAGGGUAUCUGCAUAUGCAAUAGCAGGAAACCCUGAGCAUCUACAAAAUCCAGAUCAGCUUUCUGGAACUGUGGCACUCUUGACUGGAUCUACAGCAGGAAGCAACACUGAUAGGACCAGUGUUGUAAACCAAAUACAACCAACAUCAUUGAAUGCAGUGGUUCCUGGCUCCAUUGGAAAUGGAAGACAGGGUGCCAAGAGGACUGUUCCAGCAGUCAUGGAGGCAGUCUCCAGUGCAACAAAAUGGGAUGCUAAGACCUUGCUGGCCCAACUUGUUCCCACAAAUGCAGCCAUACCAGAUUUCCCAGACCAGGAUCCAUGA